AUGGCUGAUAAGAGGGAGCGAGAGAGGAAGAACCGGCACAGCACUGCUCAAACCAGCAGAGUGUCCCCUGAAGUAGUGGCUGAAUUCCACUCCUAUGCGGCCGCUGCAGGUGCUCACCACGCGGCCUCUGAGUCUGCUGCUGACCGCAUCCUGCUCCCGUUAUCCACCGACUCUACUCCUGAGUCCAAAAGAACCAAGACAGACCCGAUGGAACCAUCUUUAGCAGAAAUGCAAGAAAAUAUUGUAAAACUCAUCAUGCAGCAUUUGGAUCAGAAAAUCAACGGUGUGAAUGAGAGAAUCGAUAACGUGUUAAAAGUCGCGUCUGAAAACAAAAACAGCAUUGAAGAACUGGCAAAACACAGUGAGUUCAUUUUCCAACAGCUGCAAGACACGACUGAGAAGGUGGAGAAAAUAGAGAAGAAAACCACAGAACACGAAACGAGAAUUGAAACUCUUGAGGACAAAGUGAAUGACCAGGAAAGACAACAACGCAGACAGAACCUGCGGCUCUACCGACUGCGAGAGGAGGAGGGAGAGAACAUCCUGAAGAUAGUCACAGACAUCUGCCGGCGUGUGGCCUCCCAGGAGGACGGACGGCUGGUCGACAUCUGCCACAGAGUCGGCCCCAAGAAGGCCGGCAGGACGCGGCCGGUUAUCAUCAAAUUCCUGUCCAGAGCCGAGAGGGACGCUGUCUGGAGGAACGGCAAAGACUCAGAGUUCCUCAAAGACAGAGGUCUGAACUUUGGUGAGGACCUGACCUCCAAGGACAGAGAGACUCGCAUCGCGCUCUGGCCCCGGAUUGACGAGGCAAGGAAGAGAGGACAGAAAGCGUUCUUCGUGGGAGCCAGGGCAUUCAUUAACGGUGGAUCGGGACAGCGCAAACUUUCAGUUAUUCCCCCAGAAACUGAAGGUUAUAAUGCCCGCCUUCUAAAAACCAUGACAGGAGGAGGAAAAAAACACUAUCUACAUUCUUCCACUCCAGGAUGA